AACCGCCCUCAGACAGAGACAUUGUUGUGCGGCGCGUGACCGUAGUUCGGCGGGGCCUGAACCCCGGAAGCUGAGCUCGGAGACAGAGGAGGUCUGAGCUGUGACCAUGGACCUGGUUCAUCACCUGGUUAAGAUGUGGGUUCUGCUUCCUCAGAAUGGGGACAAUAACUGCCCGAUGGAGUCACUAUGAAGAUGAGCAUGCUCACCACGUAGGAAUCAUCUAAUAAGUGAUAGCUUGGAGGAGAAUAACUCGGUUGGCUAACAUCCCGCCAGCAAAGCAAACCUGGAGACGCGCUCCGGACAGCAGAGUGCUCGCUGCCCCGCCACGCCCGCCCGUCCGCCCGCCGUCACCAUGCUGGGGAGCAAGCGACUGGGGCUGUCCCGCUUGACGCUCGCCCUGUCCCUGCUCGUGUGCCUGGGCGUGCUGACGGAGGCGUACCCCGAGAAGCCCCAGAAGCCCGGGGAGAACGCGUCUGCGGAGGAGCUGGCCAGAUACUACGCUGCGCUGCGACACUACAUCAACCUCAUCACCAGGCAGAGAUAUGGGAAACGAUCCAGCCCUGAGACACUGAUUUCAGACCUCUUGAUGAGUGAAAGCACAGAGAAUAUUCCUCGAACUAGGCUGGAAGACCGCUCUAUGUGGUGAUGGGAGAGGAAACUUGCUCUCCGGGCUUUGCCUAUUUUCCAACCUCAAUUUCAUUCUGUAAAGCUAGAGUCUGCCUGUCCUCCCAAUGCAAGCAGCCCCUGUGCUCCACUCUGCAGAGCUCUCCUCUUGUCGUAUAUAUGUGCGUUUCAAUAA